GGGAGGAACAUGCACGGUACGGUAAAGUAGCCGACAAGGCCUAGGCACUGUAACACCUCGGCUCGGCUUCUGCUCGACAACCCCCGGUCUUGUCGUCAUGGGGGGAAUUUAGCAUGGGCCCGCACAACCCCAUAUGAGAUCCAAUGUGAUGCGCUGAGACGAGCUGAACUGCGUGGUCCCUUUUUGCUUCUAUCACCUGUAACAAACGAAAGUUCACUUCACCCAACCGUAACUCGACCAACCCACCAGCAAAUCGACCGAUAGACCCCCAAUUAAGUACCCGAAACUUAACGAUCGCCCUCAUCCUCAUGCGCAUGCAUCAAGUCAAAUGACCGACUCGAGCUUCGUCCAAGCCCAACGCCGCGUUGCUGCGCGUCGCCAAACCCGUGAAGCCGAAGCCGCCGCUCGCAUCGCUGCACAGCGGCAAUCUUCUCGACCAAGAGCAAACCUCGAGCGCUUGCCUUACCCCCUAAAUCGCAUAGGAUCUGCCUGGGAUGCUGUGUCGACAAGGGAGGGCACGCGCCCUGCAUUUCGAGUAGGACAAGUCGAUGCCGAAUUACUCGAUGUAGAGCUCUUGGACAUUCUCAAGGACCAGGUUUGCGAGGGUCUCAAAUACUUUGGUGGAGGGCAUCUGCAUGAUGACUGGUCAGCUGAAAUUAUGCUAGCUCUGAGGGCGAUGCUUUUCAAACUCACUGUCUGGGACCACGAUGCCACAUAUGGAGCGGCUCUCCAGAACCUCAAAUACACUGACGCCAGAAACGACGGGCUUAUCCUCAAAGCACCCUCAAAGGUGCAGAAAUCGCUUUAUGGACUCGUCACAGUAUUUGGAAACUAUGCUUGGACGAGAUGGGAGGACUGGCUUCUGGAGCAUGACGAUGGAUACGACGAGCCAAGUCCCCGACUAAAGCGACUAUCGAAACUGACAUCUGCCCUUUCAACUGUUCACUCAGCAGCAGCAUGUGCCUCGUUUCUUGUCUUCUUACUGCACGGACGAUACCGAACACUACUUGAUAGAAUCCUCAGAAUGAGACUUGCGCCACCCACAAGCCAAGUAAGCAGAGAGGUCUCAUUCGAGUAUCUCAACAGGCAACUUGUCUGGCAUGCCUUCACCGAGUUUUUGCUUUUCGUGCUACCCCUAAUCGGAAUCCAGCGAUGGCGACGCUGGCUGACCAGGACAUGGCGGAAAACAAAAGACAUUAUCAGAACGGGACCUCAAGAAGAAGGCAAGGCUAAUGGUGAAUAUGCGUUUCUCCCUGAGAGAACAUGCGCAAUUUGCUACCAGGACCAGAAUACAGCAACUUCUGAGAACGAAGUAAUGGCAGCAGCAGCAGCAUCUAGUGGUGUUAUUGGUUCAGCCCAAACAGACAUAACCAAUCCAUAUGAGACAAUACCUUGUGGGUGUGUAUACUGUUUCGUUUGCUUGGCUACUCGCCUGGAGAGAGAAGAAGGCGAGGGCUGGACCUGUCUACGUUGCGGUGAGCAUGUCAAAGAAUGCAAGCCUUGGAGUGGUGACUUGGUCGAGCCGUCUGCAAAGCAUGCUUCAGCCAAGACGGUGGCCUUCUCAGAUGAUAUUACUGGGGGUGUGCUUGUAGAUGAGCAGGAUGAGGAGUCGUUCGUAGAGAGUCUGAGCACAACCUCAGAGUAGAGUCAGUUAGAAAAGGCGUUAAUCUGUGGCGUUGAUGGACAUGUAUGGAUAGUUAUAUUUUGUAAUAUCACACGCA